CAGACUUAGGCUGCUCUCUCUGUCUCCCUUGUAGUUUGUGGUGAGGCUGCCGUGGCUGACUUGACUGAAAGGAUUAUUAAACUUAAGAAGAAGAAGAAGAAGCUCCUGUCGUUUAUGUGGAAUCUUCUGCUUGUGGAUGUGACAUGCAGGGGAACCGGGUCGAGGUUAUCAGGAUUGUGAUAAGAAACUGUUAUUUAUUUGCAUUUCCUUUGCCAAAGGAUACAUGACUGGACCGUUCAUCCAAAAAAAAGGGUAGCUGUGCCUUGAUGGGAGCAGAACCAGGCUGCAAAGGAGAGGAAGUGUGCAGAGUUCACACAUGAUGGACCGCAACGACUCCCACGCUCUGCUCUCCGGGGAGCAGCUCAUCUAUGCCAUCACCGUACCGCUGUCGACCUCCAUCAUCCUGGCCAAUCUCGUCAUCAUGUUGGGCAUCGCCUGGAACCGCCAGCUCCACGACACGCCCAACUACUUCUUCUUCAGCCUCUUGGUGGCGGACUUGUGCACGGGCGUGGCGCUGCCCUUCAUACCGCUCAUGGGUCUGAACCGGGAGUUGAGUUUGAGCUCCUGCCUGGUGGUGCACGUUUUCCCAAACUUCCUCUUCCUGGCGUUCCUGUUCAACCUGGUGAUGGUCCACUACGAGCGCUACAUUUGCAUCGUCGACCCUUUGCAUUACAGUAACUUGUGGAUGCAUCGCAGCUUCCCCUUGGCGUUGCUUGUGGUUUGGGCCCCGCCACUUCUGUACGCAUCCCUGCCUGCUUUCGGGUGGAAUAACUGGACAGGGCCGGAUUGGAACAACUGUUGUGCAAGUAGCCAAAAUAUAACACUACUUUCAAACUGUUCGCCAAACAAAACCACGUGCUGCUCGUACAGGCGAGUGUUCCCCAAUGCUUUUAUCUUCUUGGAGGUGUAUGGACUCGUCCUUCCUGCCAUACUAGCCAUCGCUGUCAUGACCGGUCGUGUGUUAUGGAUCACCCGAGGCCAGAUGAAGGACAUUUGUCGCCUCCAUCGUUCGGUGGAGCGGGGAAGUCAGGCCUCGGACCGCGAGCAGAGGCUGAACCUGCGCUACGUUCGCUGCGUGGUGGCCGUGUCGCUGACCUUUCUCGCGUGCUGGGUGCCCUACCUCAUUUACAUGCACGUGUGCAUCGUGUUCCUGAUCAGCGACACCAAGCGGAGCUCCACCACUCACAUCGUGCUGUCGUGCAGCGGCAUCGGAAGCAUGGCGGUGGUGCCGCUGGUGCUCGGCCUCUCGAACAGGCAGUACACAGAACCUGCGUGCAAGCUUCUCCGGAAGCUCAGAGACAGAUGGAGGCGAAGGAUGCAGGGGUCAGAGGAGGAGGUGGCAGUCUGAGAAAGUAGUGACGAAGACCACGUGUGCAAACUAAAGUUGGAAAUGAGUUCCCAGUUUUUGCCAUUUUUAGAUAAACUGUUACAGGAAGCUUAAAUACUGUAAAAGCAGGCUUCAGAGAAACGCCUGCUGCGUCCAAAUACUUCCAUUCGAAGACCAAAAGUUAUAUUUGUCGGUAAGAUCCAUUCAGGGGGAAUUCGAUUUUUAUUUGAGACUUGAUUAAACAUAGAAUACAUGCCCUGCUUUUUGUUUCCCCAAUCAAAGUACGUUUUUUAGCCGUGUUUGUACAUGUGGGUGGAAAGGAGACUUUAAUCCAAUUAAACAGCAAACAAGGUCUGACUGUUAUGGGGACAUGAGGAGGGAUGGGAUAUCAUCAUGGGGUCAGGGUACACCGUCACUGUGUCGUUUGUAUGUGUUGCCGUGUUCUAGCAUGUUUUUCCACAUCGGAAUAUUGUGCACGUAAGACCGAGGAGAACCAGGAGAGGAAGAGGAGGAGGAGGAGGAGGAGGAGGAGGAGGAGGAGGAGGAAAAUGAAGAUGAGACGAGACUGUCGGGCUUUAAGCGACUGUACUCUUGACGCUUUAUUUAUUAAUUGUAUUCAACUGUAAAUAUCGAAGAGUAAACUUUGGAUGCCCUCUGAUUUCCUUGUGAUCAUUUGGACAUGUUUGAGGUAUAAAGCAGAAGGAAAAGAUAUUUCAAGCAUGCAGAACCCCCCCUGAAUUCUAGGAAGCAUUAUCUUUGUGAGAACAGAAACACUCCCUUUAACCAACCUGCUCGAAGCCACAAGAUAAUUAUUUUAUUGUUGACGUCAUUGAGAAACCUUUACACCAUUAGAUAUUAUUUUCCACAUUCCACAAAGACAAAAUCGUAUUCAGCACACAAAGGCAUGAGAGAUCACCUGCAAGAAACACACUGAUGGUGCCAGGAACAUUUGCAAAGGCAAACAAAGAUAAGAAAAGAUAUUUCUUUUUAAAACACAGCUUGGCAUAAACAAAAUGUCUCCCAACUUCUACGAAAAAUCCUUCCACUGGCCAAGAAGCUAUUGUUAGACAGCACACAGAGAUAGCAUGAGGAUUGUUACAUUUAAAAGCCACUUUCAUGAUGAUUCCUGAAGAGUUUAUUUCAUUAUUUAAUUCACAUUUUUGCGGAUUUACUGUAAUGCUGCAGACACAGAGGAGUGAGAGGACAGUGCCGGUCAAUCUUCGGCGUAAUGGGAGCUUUCAGACACGACUCGGCCUUCCUCCACCUCCACCCGGAUCAGCAGGCGUUUCUUGGAGGCCGGGUACACUGCCGGUAUCAGGGUACCAGCCGGGACAACGGCGGGUUCUUGGGCUCGUGGCUUCUCCAGCAGGUGUUGCUUCAGUGGCAGGUGAACAUCUGCGUGCGAGUAAGGACUUGGAUUGGUUGGUUUGCUUUUUAGAAAUCUGAGCGAAAGAGAGGUUUGAUUUUAGCGGCACACAAAACAUGAAUCAGUCAUGAGAAGGUUGAUAUGCAUGAAAUGGUUCUCACCUCCAUUGCGCAUGAGGUGGUAUAUUCUUCACAGAGAGGAGAGACGGAGACAGUUGUUAGUCCAAGCAUUAAACGCAUGGCGGUACAUGUGACAACGAACAGCAAUGUGCUCUCACACAUACCUCUGCUCCUCGCCCUCCAGCAGCUUGCGGUAGGUGGCGAUCUCGAUGUCCAGGGCCAGCUUCAGGUUAAUCAGCUUUUGGUGUUGGUGGAUCUGUCCGGCCAAGUCUUGCUUGGUCCGCCUCAAGGCCUCCUCCAGCUGGGCGAUGUCCUCCCGAGCCCUCUCCAGGUUGUUGUCGCCUUCUGUCCUCAUGUCAAUGAUGUCCUUCUUCAGGGACUCUUCCUAACAUAAGACACAGAGUGUAAAGAGAACAUCGGCGGCUGAACUGGUGAACUCUGGGAGUGUUUAUCUGUGUGAUCACAACCUUCCUUUGGAGAGCCUCCAGGUCACCGUUGAUUCUCUGGGUGUGGCGCACCAGGUCUGAGAUGUCCCUCUUUAAAUCACGCACAUCCUUCUCACGCUGUCCUGCAGGUAAGACCAUGGCAUCCAUCUAAGGGGUGGGGGAGAUGGCACAUUUUCACCGA